AGUAAUAAGUAGAUGGCAUAAUAUAAUUUUUGUCAAAUUCAUUUUUUUUACUUAUAUGGUAUUUGUUGAAUUAAAGGGCGGAAAGAAUAUAAAUGCAGCAUCAGAAAAUUACGAUUUGACAAUAAAUUAAUAUGGAUAACACAUCAUCAAUUUUCAUUCAACAAUCACCAAAUUUUCAGUUUCUUUCUGUUUGUCACUACAUUACUAUUUUUGGACUAUAUUUUUACAAUGAGGAUUUAAUAACACUUGAUGAACGAAAUCAAUCUGUACCUGUUUUAAAUACUUUGUUUGAAUAUCUCAAUAAAUCGACAAAUGAAUCCGAGACAAAAUUACAACUUUUGAGGAAAGUACUAAAGGGAAGUGAUCUCUAUGGUGGUGGAGAAAAUGAAACACUUGACAUGAAAUACGUUGAUGAAACAUAUCAGUACAUCAUUAGCGAGGCUUUAUUUUCUCACUAUGGAAACAUUAAUGGAUAUUUGGCUAAAAUCAUCAACACGGCGGAUGAUAUAAAUUAUUUAGCAAUUAAGGAGAAGGUGUUUCAGCAUCUUUCGGAAAAUUACACCAGUAGGGAAUAUUGUUCUAAUAAUAUUCCGUUAGGAAAUUACGGUUCCAAUUAUAUUCCGUCAGAAAAUUAUGGUUCCAAUGAUAUUCCAUUAGGAAAUAAUACUUCCAUUAAUAUUCCAUCGGGAAAUUACAGUUCCUUUAUCAUUCCUUCAGGGAAUUAUAGUUCCAUUAAUAUUUCGUCAGAAAAUUAUAAUUCUAUUAAUAUUUCGUUGGGAAAUUAUAGUUUCCUUAAUAUUCCUUCAGGGAAUAAUAGUUCCAUUAACAUUCCGUCAGAAAAUUACAGUUACAAUAAUAUUCCAUCAGGAAAUUACAGUUUCAAGCUUAACCGAUUGACAAUUGAAAAAGUUUUCGAUAAUCACAUUUGGGCAAUUUUCCCCGAACCCGAACAAGACAUGAGCAUAAUGGAAGUGAAUUAUAUAUACGCAAUGGUUGGUUUAAAAAUCGUCAGAUCUAUAUCAUCAACGUCUCCAAAUCUUACCUUCCAGGAAUAUAUUUUAAUCUCUCGCGAAAUUGAUUUACAGGAUUUUAGCAACGCAACCUACGAAAUGGUAUUAAAAUUAUUUUCAACACCAGCAUUAUUAUUCUACGCUCACAAUCAGAAGUCACAAUUUCAAGAAAUUGUUUCAAUACCCCCUGAUGAAUUUUGGACCCGAGUUUAUGAAAAUUUAUUUUCCUACAUCAAUUCUAAAAUGACACAAAUUGUACACGAGGACCUUGAAAAUAGUUUAUACAAAAAAUUGGAAGUGGAAAUCACUAAUUUAAAAAGUCGUACAUUUCUUGCCAUUAAGAUACUUGGGGAUUAUUGUAAUUAUGAAAGUUAUGCUAAUGUUUCUCCAGUUUAUGUGGCGAUUUAUAAAACCUUCUAUCUUUGGAUAACAAAACUUUUAUUACCCAAUAAUUGUCUAAUUGAUGAUCUUCCCGAUUUGGAAAAAAUUUACAAUGAUCAAUUUUUAAUGGUAGAGGAAAUAUACAAUAAAAUUGAGAUGAAUGCAAUUGAAAAAGUAUUAAUUGAUGGUAAUUUAUUGAAAGAAAUGACAAUAAAUUCAACUGUUAUGUUAGCAGAAGUUCCUCACUAUCCACAACGUUGUACUUAUUGUUCACCAAAGCCGCGAAAGAAAAAUAAGGAAAUUUAUCUUUUAAUUGCUAUUAAAAAUGAAAAUAAAUCUAAUUUUUAUGCACUGAGACAAGAGAAUAAUACACUGUCUUUAUUAACAAACAGAGGAAAUGAAUCAAAAUUUGCUAAAGCAGUUGCUAAUGAUUCAUCUCUAAGAAUGGUAAUUGCAAUAUUUUCCAAAACUCUUAAAUACAGUGAUGAAGAUUACAGAGGAUUUAUUCGUAGAGUUGGGGAAAUAAAAACAAAACAAUUUGUUGAUGGUUUGAAAAUUUACAAUUACGAAGAAACGGAAGGUGAGAAAUUAUUGAAUUUUCUUAAAUCUCUUAUUCCAUUUUACAGUUGUAUUGAAAGUUUCAAAAAUAACGAAGGUUCGACAUUUAGUUGUAGUGUGGAUAUUUUGAGUUUAAUUCCCCUUGGUGGUUUUGCGGUAAAAUACACAACAAAACUCAGUGGUAGUUUAUCACUGGAAAUUGGUAAAAAGUACUUAAUUACUAAUUCCCUAGCAAGAGCGGGAUUAGUUACCAAAUUACCAAUUGCUACGUUAUUGAAUCAAAUUUCCCGAAUUGCUAUUCAAACCCUAGCAAGGGAAAUUCUAAGCCGAAGAUUAUUGAAAGAUUUAACGAUAGCUUCACUUCGUGUAAUAGAUCCGGGAUUUGAAUUAUUUUAUCAAGUAUCCACUGUUGGUUUCCGUGUAUUUUUUAAAUUGUUCCAAAAAAUGAUUACCAAUUUAAAAAAUAUUUCUCCAAUUAAAAAUACUGUAUUUAAAUUGUUAGUGAAGAAUUUAGAAAGAAACAUAAAUCUGAUCUCCGAUUCAAUGGGAUUAGUACCAUCGGUUCUAGCCAAAGGUAAUUACGAAAUUGUUAGAUACAAUUAUCCCGGUGGAUCAAACUUUUUUGGAUCUACUUGCUUAAAAUCAUUUGGAAACACUGCGGAAUUAAGAACCAUCGAGGGAUAUUCAUUUCCCUUACCAGUUGUAAGGGAAAAAUCCGGUUUCUAUCAUCAAUACAAUUCAGAAACUGGUGAAACAAUUAAAGGGAAAUUAAAAAUGAAUUCUGAUGAUGUUCUCCAAAGAGUUGGGAAUUUAAUAAACGAAAUGGUUAUCAAUGGAAGGGAUAUAAAUAUAAUUCGUAAUUAUCAUGUUUAUCAUAAUAGAAUAAAGUGGAAUAAACCAAAGGAGGAGGGGGAAGAUUUGAAUAAUCAGAAAUUAGAUGAUGACAAUUUGUAUCGUGAACGAUUAUUUGCAAUGUCGUUAAAAGAUCUUUUGAACGCUGGUGAAAAACCACCACCUGUUAAAUUGCCACUAAAUUCAAAUCAAUUGUUAAUGGGAGAUUUCCAAAUUUCUAAAAAUAAAAAAUUACUUCCAGGAGAUGAUGAAAAUUCAAAUAUUCCGCAAAAAAUUCGAAAACUUGAUGAAUCAAUGGAAACAUAUCGUCAUAAGAAAUUCGAUAUCAAAAAUAGAGAAACUUUUAUAAAACAAGAUCAUUCAAUUAAAUUAGAUCACGAAUUUUAUAAAAUGAUGAUUAAGGAGCCAACCUAUACGAGAUAUGUUGAUAUUCUAACAAUAUGGAAAAAUGAAGGUUUAUCAGCAAUAAAAACAGAUGGUGUGAAAAUUAAUUUCCUUCGCACUGCUGUUAAUGAAAUAGCACUAUUACAAUUAAAUUCCAAUCUUCAAUUAAAAAAACCCCAAGAAUUGUGGUAUACACAAAUUUUAAAGGGUCAAAAAAUUAUUAAUUAUCUCCGCAGUUUACAGGGGAGAAAAUUUUUUUUCAAUGACAUUACAAUGUUAACGACCACAUCACCGACUAUUAUGAAAAAAUUAAAUCCAUUUCUAUUGGAAACAGAAAUACGUUAUCAUUUGAAAAUUGAUUCAAUCGUUGGAUUUGUCGAUUUAACUAAUUUUCAUUCGGAAUUUAAAAAUAUUUAUCUUACAUUUGAUGAUAUAUUUUUUACAAUAACGGAUACAUUUUUUACGGCUGAUAAUAAAAUUUUAAAUAUUGAACUACGAACAAAUGUUGUAACAAGAGAUUUUUAUUUUUAUUUACGAAAACGUGAAAUACUAUUACAAAAGGUAGAGACUGUCGAAUCAUCAAGAAUGAAAUUAAUUACAAAUGCUGCUAAUUUUAUAAUGGAAAAUGCACCAUUGCAUAAUUUUAAAACAACGAGGGAUUUUCUUUCGAAUUACAUUCUAAAUACAAAUCCAAAUUCAAAUCAAGUUCCAAGUUACGAUAUGUUUGCAAUGGAUUAUUCUAUUAUGGAAUAUCAUCACUCUUAUAAUGAUUGGAAAAUAGAAAAUAAUCCCUACAUUCAAGAUGUAUUGUUUAAUUAUAAUUUAGAUGAAAUUAUAGAUUUGCCCGAGGCAAGACGAAGAAUUCAUGAAUUAUACAAUAAUAUUCAUUUUCAAAAUAUUGAACAAGCAUUUGAAAAUUAUGUUAAAAUACGAAAUGUCGAACAUUUACUUCGAUUUGAAGAUUUUUAUGUAUUGCAUUCAUAUUUAAAAAAUCGUUUAAUACAAAAUAGCGAUGGAUUAAGACGUCUUGAAGUUGCCAUCAAUCGUCUUGGUAUUAGACAAUGUGAAGAGGAAUCAAUGUUAAAACCAAUAAUUAAAAUUUAUCGCAGUGAAAUAAUAACUAAUGAUAUGUCGGUAAAAUUUUUUGAAUCAUUUCAAAAAAAAGAUAUUAUUGCAUUUGAUAAAAUUAAAAAAUUUGUUCAAACACGAGAUGAAGAAAUUGUAAAAUUAUUAAAUACAGCGACUAAAACAUCGGGUGUUCCAUUUCUUCUUGAAAUUACAAUUGUAAAUCAUGCCGGUGUUGUGGAAAUUGGUCGUACAUUAAAUGAAGAACAUUAUUUUCAUAUGGUUACAUCAAAUUUUGAAUUUGUAUUCGAUGAAUUGAAAUUUAUUGAAAUUAAUCAACAAAAAAUAUUAUUUAUGAGAAUGCAUGAUAAUAAAACACCAAAGGAAAAACGAAUUAUUCAAAUGGCAAAAAAACUUCAUGAGCUAUUGACAAGCGAUACUAAAUUUUAUUCCGAUGUUAAAAAUUGAGAAAUAAAAUUUUAAAAAAAAUUUUUUCUAAUCACAACUUUUACUAUACACCUUACUUUAAGAAUUAAAAAAAGAAACUUUUUUUUUAUUUGCCUUCUAA